AUGGUGCUAACGUUUCGGGUACUCAAAGGGAUCCUUCGUCAGAGCGACACAGUGACACUGAUGAAGGAUCCCUGUGAGGACCCGAAAGAAGUGUCAACUACAACAGCCCAAACUACAACUACAGAAGUAUCAAUUACAACUUCCCCACCUACAACUACAGAAGUAUCAACUACAACUGCCCCACCUACAACUACAGAAGUAUCAACUACAACUGCCCCACCUACAACUACAGAAGUAUCAACUACAACUGCCCCAGCUACAACUACAGAAGUAUCAACU